AUGGCUUUUGCAAUUACCUCGUUGGAGAACAAAGACAUUGAUUCUAUUGUGCUGCCAACAGUUCCAAAUGAGGACAUUGAAUUAAUUACACUGCCUUUAAGUGCAAGUGCAGAAAUUGAAUUCGCUUCACCGCUUUCACCAGGUGAAGACAUGGAAAUUACCCUGCCUUUGGAUUCAAGAGAGGACAUAGAAAUUUUACUGCCAUUAGAUUCGAAUGAAGACAUAGAUCUUGCUCUGACUUUGGAUUCAAGUGAAGAUAAUGGAAUCAUCACCCUGCCGUUGUACUCACUUGGAGAAAUCAAAAUCAGUUUACUGCCCACGGUUCAAAGCAAAGACGCCGAGACUUUGACCCGCAAAGUUUCAAAGAAAAGCCAUACUGCACGAAGUCCUAGAAAGCAAUCCUCUCAAUUUGCUGUACGUUCAGGAUUCCGAUCUACACGGCUGGCCAAUAGUGGGAGUUUGCUCAGCAGGAGAAGAAGGAAAUCAGCGAAAUCAGUUUCUUCCAAUAGUGAGCGAUGUGGCACUCUUGGACACCUAACUAACAUCUCGAUAACCACUGCGUUCAGGCAACACUUGAAGAAAGUUUUCAUCAAAACAGAUCAGAAAAUCAACAAUUAUUUCAUAGCGCACUUCAAGUACAACGAUGGAAACUUUCGGAAAAAUUGGCGUGAGCUUAUUUAUCGAAUUCGCUAUGGUCCGAACCAAUUGAUAUUGUCAUACUCAAUUAUUCUUCCUGGGACAGACAAGUAUAAACAUCGCCUCUGGAAAGGAGAGUGGAUUGACAUUAGUGGUAAAAACUUGUCUGUCUUGUACAGAAGUUCGGUUCAAUCUGGCGCCCCAAGUCUCGGCAAGCUCUUCAUCAAUAUGAUCAAAAAACUUAAAAAUGUCAGCCAAGUGAAAGGAUACAAUGGAAAGUUCAUUGAACAGAAUGCAGUUCUCACACCAAACAUCAUCUACUCUAGAAUCCCCAGGUUGUUUAACAUACUCAAAAAAUGCCUUGCAUGGCGGAGAGUAAAAGGAAAGGCGAAUAUGAGCGCUGAAGAAUUUCAAAACACUCCAAUAGUUGAUAAUGUGACUUUGCUUAUGGAAGCUUUGGACCGAGCUGAUGGCAAUGUAGGUCCAUCAUGCGUAAGCAUAAUCAGACCAGAAAGAUCUACAAAUUCUGCGAAAAGAGAGAUUUCAGAAACUUUUGUGACGAUACUCUCUCAUGAUCUGGAUAAUUUUGUUACGGACUCUCCUUUCAAGGCAGGCUUUCGAAGCUCGUCAAAUAUGGCAACUGAGCCCGCAAAUCACAAAAGGCGGUAUAUGUGGGGAGAUUCUCCCAUUGAACCUCUCGAAGGAAUUCAAAGUACACACUCACACUCAUCAACCGGUUCCGAGUAUAGAAAAAACUCGUCAGCAGAAGAUUCGUGUGACCUUUACUACAUGAGUAGCAAUGAUGAUAGCUCCUAUCAUGACUGGAAGAAGCCUGAGCCAUAUGCAUCUAGUUUCAAGCCCCUUUCUUUGGCCGAAAUCUCACUGCUUGCUUCCUCUGUAAUUGACUGGAGAUCAAGUGGAAGAAGCUCUUUCAAUAGCGGAUUACCGUCCCUGACCAUUCGAUUGGGUUCAGAAUACUCUGCCCUGUUGGAAGAACCUUCAGAUAGAUGUCUUCGUAACAUGUUCAGAGCACUUCUGCUAGAAAAAGAGAAUGAAACUUAA